AUGGGAGACGAGGGAAAGAGUUCAGGAACAGAUUCAUUUACCAGUGCAAUGGCACUAAACCAAACAGGGUUAGCCCAAGUCCCUCCCCGUUUUGUUCUGCCUUCCUCCGAACGACCAGGCCGCAGCCUCCUCUUGAACCCCUCCACCACCACCACCCCCACCCCCACCCCCUUACCCGUUAUAGACAUUUCCUCCCUCCACAACCCUUCACUUAGGCCGAGGAUCAUCCACGAAAUCCGUGUGGCCUGCGAGGAUCUUGGUUUCUUCCAGGUGAUUAACCAUGGGAUUCCCUCGACGUAUGGUAACGAUGCCAUAGACGCUGCAACAGAGUUCUUUAACUUGCCUAGUGAGGAGAAGAUGCAUUUCGCAUCUACUGAUGUUCAUAAGCCCGUAAGGUACGGCACGAGUCUGAAUCACGUUGAAGACAAAGUCCACUUUUGGAGAGACUUCAUCAAGCAUUACUGUUAUCCCAUCUCCACCUGGAUCCAUCUGUGGCCUUCAAACCCCUCAAGCUACAAGGAGAAAAUGGGAAACUAUGCGAAGGCCGUGCAAGCAUUACAAGAGCAACUAAUGGAAGCAGUUCUUCAGAGCUUAGGGCUAAAAGCAGAUUACCUACACGAAGACUUCGAAAAAGGCACGCAAGUUAUGGUUGUGAACUGCUACCCGGCUUGUCCCGAACCAGACCUAGCCCUGGGAAUGCCGCCUCACUCGGACUACGGGUCCCUCACGAUUUUAAUCCAAAGCCAACCAGGGUUCGAAAUCAUGGACAAGAACAACAAUUGGCGCCCGGUUCCGGUCAUUGAAGGGGCAGCAGCACUACUAGUGCAGGUGGGAGAUCAAAUGGAAGUGAUUAGCAAUGGAAGGUACAAGAGUGUUCUGCACAGAGCAACUUUGAACAAGGAGAGGACACGGAUUUCGAUCGCCAGCCUCCACAGCCUGGCUUUAGAGAAGAAAGUGGGACCGGCACCCGAGCUGAUAGAUGAUGAACACCCAUUGGCCUACAACGAAGGGAGCUUCGAAAGUUUUCUUGACCAUAUUUCUGGUAAUGAUGCUAGGAAGAAGGUUAGGUAUAUUGACAUGUUGAAGAGGCCACAAACCAUGAAAGCCAAUUGCAUGAAAUAA